CCCUCCCCCUCCGUUAUCCUCCUCCCUCAGUCUGCUCCUCUCAGUCCGCACUCGUGCCGGCCCGACCUCCUCCUCUGCCCGGCCAGACUCCCAGACAGACCCCCGACGACCGCCGGAAUACGAAAGUGUGGAAAAAUUAGCUGGAGCACGACGAGAAGGGAAAGAGCCAUAACAUCUGGUGCGAGAACAACUGUCAGCCGCAUUGCAGCAUCUCACAUAUUCUCCCAUCUGUAGCCACUUUUCUUUUUUUUGGUUGUUUUGACCCCACAUCCAUGUUUUAAUACGAAGAAAAACAAACUUUGUACUCCAUGGAAAGAUGUAAGAAUAAUCCGUCAGAAUACUAAACUUGGACACUAACUGCACCCUUCUGAGCACAACCAGCGGGCUGGGCACACUCAACAGGACCGUUAGAUUUUUUUUUUUAGCUAGCAAGCUAGGUUGGACCAGGACGACUUUGUGGGGGGAAAAGGACAAAAACGUUUUUUUUCUGUCUGUUUACGAGUUGUAUCACACUGCGGGGGAAAAAACACCAAAGAUGAUGUCGGGGCUGAGUGAAUGGUUCUGGCAGGAGCGACUCUGGUUUCCGGAGGGUCUGGGUUGGGCCGACCUGGAGGAUCGCGAUGGACGAGUGUACGCCAAAGCCCGUGACUUGUGGGUGGCGCUGCCCAUUGCCCUUGUAUUUCUCAUUAUCCGUCAGGUCUUUGAAAGGACGGUGGCUACUCCCCUGGCUUCUCUGCUCGGGGUGAAAGAGACGGCCCGGCUCAAGGCCCCUCACAACCCAGCACUGGAGUCCUACUAUUGUAACAUUACCAAAAACCCCACACAGACUUCGAUAGCAAAUCUUUGCAAGCAGUCUGGAUAUUCAGAAAGACAAGUGCAGCGAUGGUUCAGGAGACGAAGGAACCAGGACAGGCCGAGUUUGCUCAAAAAGUUUCGAGAGGCCAGUUGGAGAUUUACCUUUUACCUUCUUGCUUUCAUUGCUGGCCUGGCCGCCCUCAUCGAUAAACCUUGGCUGUAUGACCUGAAGGAGAUGUGGGAAGGCUUUCCCGUCCUGACUCUCCUGCCAUCUCAGUAUUGGUACUACAUGAUCGAGUUGGGUUUCUACAGCUCUCUGCUCUUCAGUGUGGCUUCAGAUGUCAAACGCAAGGACUUCAAGGAGCAGAUUGUUCACCAUGUAGCAACCAUCCUCCUCAUCAGCUUCUCCUGGUGUGUUAACUACAUCCGUGCUGGAACUCUCAUCAUGCUGGUGCACGACUCCUCUGAUUACCUCCUUGAGUCAGCAAAGAUGUUUAACUAUGCUGGGUGGCGAAAUACCUGUAACUACAUCUUCAUUGUGUUUGCUGCGGUCUUCAUUGUCACCCGCUUGGUCAUCUUCCCAUUCAGGAUUAUUUACUGCACAUGGGUUUACCCGGUGACCAUCUAUGAACCCUUCUUUGGAUACUACUUUUUCAAUGGACUUUUGAUGACUCUGCAGUGUCUACAUAUCUUCUGGGCCGUCCUCAUUAUACGCAUAGCAGUCCGCUUCCUUACCAACAAUGAAAAAGUGGAUGAUGAGAGGAGUGACAAAGAUGAAACAGAUGAAUCAGAAGAAGAUGAGGAAGAGGAGGAGGAUAAAAAAGACAUGAAGAAAAAUGGACCAGUGCAGAACGGUCACACAGUCCACAACAACAACCACAGCAAGACAGAGUGAACACAAACACAACAACACAAGUGUUGGGACGAAAGAAUGUGCGAAGGACUCAUAUCCCUCAGCAGGGGAGGAGGAGGAGGGAGGGAUGAAAAGAAAGAGAAAGAAGAAGGCGUGUGGGUCAGGGAGGGGAGGAGGUCGUUUCAUAAAAACCAAAAGCAGCAGAUAUCAUAAAGAAAUUUGACACUGUUGCUUUUGCACAACACAAAAACACACACACGUUCAUUCGUACUUUUAGAGGGCACAGAGAUCCAACAGAUGAUAUACACUACAUUAAGUGGCAUGGCUUUUUCGCUUUGUCAUCAAAGAAAAUUGUAUCACUGUCAGUGUGCAAUGUCAGUCCCAAAAUUUCAAAGAGACAGGCGAGAAAAUGGAGAGGAGCAAAGUGUGGACACAGGAGGGGGUGGGGGUUGAUGCUGCUUCUACUUUAGCUUUCCUUGUUCUGUGUGCCUUAGAGCCAGCUGAUGGCUGUUAAAACGCCAUUUUAAAGCUUUCUGCUUUAAUCUUGUGUUGUUUUAUUUUGUUGUACCUUUUUUGUUUUCCACUAAAAGAACAAAAGAGACUGAAAGUGAGUUUUAUGAAAGAGAGACAACAGGGCAUUUAUUUCCUUAAUUUUGUGUCUAUGCAAUUACGUAAAUGUUCAGCUAUUGCAACAUGUUUGCACAAACAUACAGUGUCUCUUAUACAAUGUAAUUACUUGCAGUAGGACUGAGUUCCUCUGCUCUCCAAUGCGGCCUGUGCCAAAAGUUGCUUUCUUCUUUUAAUACCUGUUCAAUUCUUAAUCCAGCAUAGCUCAUCGUGUCCAGUUCCUGCUUCCAGAAGAGAUGUCUGGGCUGCAGAGGAUCUGAAGAUCCACCCAGAAACCAGUGCUUGGCACAAACACUACAAUAUACAUCACAGCUUCCUGCUAGUGUUGAUGGAGCUGAAUGUUUUUCCUCUCUGGUGUGUCUCAAAGAGAUCGAAUCGAAUGCAACUAGACUUGGGUUCGGUUCAAUCUCUUUGAGAUGGCUUUGACCUGGAUAAAUGAGAAUAUCCACGGACACUCUCUGGUGCGUUUGAAUCACACUUAUGAUGCCACGCACUGAAAACCAAUGACUCUCAGUGAAAUUAUUGCAAAGGUGGGUUGCUAUGUCGUAAUACAGGAGUUUUAUUAAGUCGAAUGGAAUCUCACAGAUAAACAACUUCCAGAUUUUACAAAUAUGAAGCAGAUUUCUUAAAUUCACUGCCUAGGAGCCUUGGAUAUGUGUGUUAACCUGGCUUAGACUUUAAAUGUUGAUCCAAAUGAAUGAUUUUAGGUAUGAUUCUUUGUAUGAAACAGGUUUACAUGCAUCGCUGUUUGAUGUUAAGAGGUAAAAGAUAUUGUAAUGAAUUUUUAGUAGUUCAGUGUUUUGAGUUUUGAGAGGUGAAUUUCUGAAAUGAGUGUUGCAGUUUUGUCGUCAUGCUUUGAAGUUUUUUUUGUUUGUCAAGUGCCUUAUCUGUAACAUAUGGGAAGCUCUCUCUCCUGUCUUCAAGUCUUCUUGUUUUCUUUCCUGUCUCCACAUUAUAUCCUCCCUCCAUUGACUCAUCCAUCACUCACUUCUCCUCUCUAUAAAUGACCUUCCUUUGAAACUCACCUUCAUUCCACCACUGCGUUCUUACUAACCCAGACCAACCAGCAACCUCUCUUCCCUGGUGAUACAGAAGAAACAGCUGUGUCCUAAUUACAGUGUUAUUUCUUUUUUGUUUUUUGUUUUUUUUUUGUAUUUUUGUUUAAUAACUAAGUAUUGUUAUUAAUAAUAAAAGCGAAGAUCAUGAAUCACAA